AGUUGUGACGUAACGGGGUGAUUUGGGAGGUGGGAGGGACUUGGAGGACAGUGAGAGCCGGGCACCAGCACCAGCAGCACCACCACCACCAGCAGUAGUCGUCGUAACCGCAGCGGUAGUAACGGUCAACAGGGUCAGAGCCGAAGAGUAGCUGCGGGGAACUGUGGUUGUACGGAGCCGAGUGGAGACCGAAACUUCACUGCCAACAUGUCCGACGACGAGCAGGAGCAGACCGUUGCCGAGGACCUGGUAGUCACCAAGUACAAGAUGGGGGGUGACAUCGCCAACCAGGCCCUGCGACUGGUUGUAGGGGCAGCUAAACCCGGGCUUUCUGUCCUCAGUCUGUGUGAGAUGGGAGACGCCUACAUCAUGACUGAAACAGGAAAAGUUUUCAAAAAGGAAAAGGAAAUGAAGAAAGGCAUUGCCUUUCCCACCAGCAUCUCCGUCAAUAACUGUGUUUGCCACUUCUCUCCUUUGAAGAGUGACCCCGACUGCACACUCAAAGAUGGGGAUCUGGUCAAAAUAGACCUGGGGGUCCAUGUUGAUGGCUUCAUUGCCAACGUGGCUCACAGUUUUGUUGUGGGAGCCACCAAGGAGGCGCCUGUCACCGGCCGUAAGGCUGAUGUCAUCAAGGCGGCCCACCUCUGUGCAGAAGCAGCUCUUCGACUGGUUAAACCUGGGAACCAGAACUUUCAGGUGACAGAGGCCUGGAAUAAGAUUGCCAAGGAAUUCAAAUGCUCACCUAUUGAGGGUAUGCUGUCUCAUCAGCUGAAACAGCACAUCAUCGACGGUGAGAAGACCAUCAUACAAAACCCCACAGACCAGCAGAGGAAGGACCAUGAAAAGACUGAUUUUGAGGUUCAUGAAGUCUAUGCUGUGGACGUCUUGAUCAGCACUGGAGAAGGAAAGGCCAGAGAUGGGGGUUUGAGGACCACCAUUUACAAGAGGGACCCCAGUAAGCAGUAUGGCUUAAAAAUGAAAACUUCCCGCUCCUUCUUCAGUGAAGUGGAACGACGCUUCAGUGCAAUGCCGUUCACUCUGAGGGCAUUUGAGGAUGAAGCCAAAGCCCGUCUAGGUGUGGUGGAAUGUGCCAAACACGAACUGUUACAGCCCUUCAGCGUCCUGCAGGAGAAAGAAGGAGAGUUUGUAGCCCAGUUCAAGUUCACAGUGCUGCUCAUGGCCAACGGGCCUCACAGAAUCACCAGCGGACCCCUGGAUCUUGAGCUCUACAAGUCGGAGCACGAAGUCCAGGACCCAGAACUCAGGGCUUUGCUACAGAGCUCCGCAAGUCGUAAAUCGCAGAAGAAAAAGAAGAAGAAGGCCUCAAAGACGGUAGUAAAUGCGACAGGACAGCCAGCCGAGGGCACAGAAGCAGCUGGAUAAAGAAAAGGGGAAAAACAACAACAAUAAUGAAUAAUUCAGGACUGACUUUAACACACACAAAGUCCAACGGAGAGGCAACAGAAAAUCAACAAUUUUCCCUCCGUUUUUUUUGGCCAAUUGGCCGGUGUUUCGGACUGAACUGAACAAUUCAGAUGAACUUUAAAAUCAGUUAAAAGAUGAAGGAUCUUAUAUUUACAACUGACUGCUGUGCUGUGAACAUGUUUGUUUGUUUUUAACUUGGAUAAUAACAUUGUUUUAAUGUCUUUAAAACAAUGAUUUACCACAAAGUAAAUUUGUUGCAACUUAGGGGUUUGGAAUCUGUCGACCUCAAUGAGAAAAAUAAUAAUAAUAAUCAUUAUUAAGUACUUGUUUCUUUUUUAUUAUUAAAGAAUACUAUGUGAUUUUUUUUUAAUUGCAGGGUUCACUGCAUUAUCACAACUGAA